AACUGUCAUUUGUUGGUCGUACUGUUUGUCCCUCAGUUCGUACCGUAGGCAAUAGAACAAUAUAAACCGGGGAUUCUAACAGCGCGUCGUUUUAGGUUGUAAGGAGGGUAGUGCGCGGUGUUACCAACUGUAAGUGCUGCAUCUUCUUGGCUUAAUUUCUGUUUUCGGCUGCAAUCGCACAGAAUGAGUCUCCGAAAGCAAACUCCGAGUGACUUCUUGAAGCAGAUAAUUGGGAGGCCAGUGGUGGUGAAACUGAACUCGGGGGUGGAUUACAGAGGAGUCCUGGCCUGCUUGGACGGCUACAUGAACAUUGCCGUGGAGCAGACGGAGGAGUACGUCAACGGCCAGCUCAAGAACAAGUAUGGGGAUGCCUUCCUCCGGGGCAACAAUGUGUUGUACAUAAGCACCCAGAAAAGGAAGAUGUGAUGAAGCUGAACUUUUUUUUAGAACCUGUGGAUUAUUUUUAUUUUUUUCUAUAGUGUUGACUGUUGUGAGUUUCAGAAGACAUUUUUGAUUUUGUAUUCACUGGAAUAAUCCAAUAAAUAGUUUUUGUUCUGUAAUACCUGAUAUCAUGGAUGCUUCUGAGUUACUGGCUUGCCUUUUCAUUUAAAAAAAAAGA